ACCGCGCGCACGAUGCAUGAAACGCAACUUGAACGAUACGGUUCAUCCUAAAUCCUAAUCAAACGCUAAAACCUCAAACACGCAAACAACUUUGAAGAGAAGGUUUCCUUCAAAAAAAUUGAAGAGAAGGGUUUCGUAAAAUCAGAGCUCUAAUCACCAGGAUGGUCCCGGCCUCGAGUAGUCGCCGUGGCGCCAUGAACAGCAAGAAAGAUAUGGAAUUAUCCAUCUCUUUAUAACUGCGGCGGCGAAGCUUAUCGGAAUUAUCCAUCUAUCCAUGGUUCGAUUAGGUUCUCCUCUGGAGCGCUCGCGCGAGAUCGAAGGGUAGGGUAGGGUUUCGGACCCAAAUUUGAGGUCUCUGGGGGCGGCGGCGAUGGACUACACCAACGCGAUCCACAUCAUCCCUGAUGCCGCUGGCCCCGAAGCCUGGGCCAACGUGGCGCCGCCAGCGGGCGGGGACGCUGGCAUCUGGGCCACCGAGGACGACUACCGCCAGUGGAGCGCCGACCCGGGGUCCGGCGGCGGCUAUGGCGACCGGAACCCCUCCUCGAGGGCGGGCAGCGAGCAGCCGCCGCCGGGAAAGAAGCCGCGCGGCGGCGGAGGGGGCUCGUCGGGCGGCGGCGACGGCGGGGGCAGCACGAGCAAGUCGCGCGCUAUCGGCAAGAUGUUCUUCAAGACCAAGCUCUGCUGCAAGUUCCGCGCCGGGACAUGCCCCUACGUCACCAACUGCAACUUCGCGCACGGCAUGGAGGAGCUCCGCAAGCCGCCUCCCAACUGGCAGGAGAUCGUGGCCGCGCACGAGGAUGCCACGGAGCACCGGGAGGAGCACCAGAUCCCCAUCAUGACCUCCGUCAGUGUGGUGGCCGGGGACGGCGGCGGCGGCGGCGGCGGCGGCGGUGCCCAGGGGGGGAGGGCGUACAAGGGCCGCCACUGCAAGAAGUUCUACACCGAGGAGGGGUGCCCAUACGGCGACGCCUGCACCUUCCUGCACGACGAGCAGUCCAAGGCCCGGGAGAGCGUGGCGAUCAGCCUCUCACCGUCGGUCGGCAGUGGAGGCUACAACGCCGCCUCCGCCAACGGGGCUUCAGUGCAGAAGCCAUCCAACUGGAAGACGAGGAUCUGUAACAAGUGGGAGAUGACUGGAUACUGCCCAUUCGGGAGCAAAUGCCAUUUCGCACAUGGAGCCGCUGAACUCCACAAGUAUGGUGGCGGACUUGUCGACUUGGACAGCAGGGACGCUGCAUCAACUCCUGACUCGAAGCAAGCUGGUGGUUCUGCAAAAGCUCCUGCAGAUUCUGCUGUUGCAUCCACUGCCGUACCCCCUCAUGCAGAUGUGUACCAUUUAGGCAUCCAGUCGCAGCGUUCGACCAUCAUCAGCCAAAGGUCUGGGCAAGUGCAAAGGCCCAUCCAGAAAUGGAAGGGGCCUGACAAGAUCAGCAGGAUCUAUGGUGAUUGGAUAGACGAGAAUGAGUAGCAAGGGAAGCUCUCACUUAGUAUUUUGCCGCCUCCGCCUCAGCUGGUGCAGGCCUUGCCCAGCUUUCAAGUUCUAGUUGGCAUUGCAAAACCUAUAUGCAAAACCUCCGCCUCAACAGAAUUUGCUGUGUUCGUUAGACUAAAUAUUAUGUUGCUGCAGGUCCUGUUGUCUCUGUUGUAUGCAUGCUUAGGUUCAGAUCAUCUUUGCAAGGCCUAUAUGGGAAGAACUGGUAGAACAUAUUGUCAUUUGUACUGUUGUUUUGUUAAAUGCAGUUUCAUUGCUAGAACAUAUAGCUGAAGUCAUAGAUCAAUAGAUCCUACAGCUUGUUGAGGUAUC